UCAGAUUCCAUUUUGCAAGUCCUCGCGCCAACGGGCAUCGCGUCCAGUAUUGACAGUCGUGCAUUCGCCAUCCAACACAACAAGCCUCAUGGACGAAACGAUGUGGACGAGUAUCCCUGCCUCUGGCAUACCGAAAGAGGAGACGGUGUGGAGUCGACUCCCGAGCCGCGAAGUGAUCCAAGACAAAUUGAUCAACUCCAUUCCAUCCCGUGAGGCAGUUUGGAGCGGAAUCAAUGCUGUUCCAGGGGCAGUUGCAGCGACGCCCGCAUGCAUUGUUGGCGCAUUUGGGAACUGCUUCAGUCGCGCUCGGCGAAUGCAAUUCGACCAAGAUCAGAAGCGCUCGCUGUUGAGCAAUUUGUACCACGACGAUUCCCGCGUAAAUAUCCGCGACGCCGAAGUUGAAAAUGCAACGUUAGAGCUGCGUCGACGUAUCCAAAAGGCAGAGUAUGAGAAGCAUCGUCGCAUGGAAGUCGACGAUGAUUUAAAGCGACACAAGCAAGGGGGAAAGAAGAAGACAAAGGACCUUGCACCAAACAAUCAGGACGGCAUUGACGACGAGGACAGCGCGAACAACCCCGUCGACGAUAUCCCAGAAUGCACAACGGUGUUGAAGGCAUCUGAUAUCCGAAAGAUGUCAGUGGAUGAGCUCCUGAAUCUGGACGGAUCGAACAACCAGACCGAGGCAACGACCGCGUCGUCUUUAGAAGGCGGCCGGUUGCGCAAGUGGCUCGCAGAAAUCGACGGCAACAAGAGCAUGGAGUACCUGAGCUACGCGACAAACUUUGAGACCCAGGGCUUCCAUUCGAUCAAAGAUCUGGCGCUACUCGACGAAGAAGACGUUGAUCGCGCGCUCACAGAAAUCGGCGUCAACAAAUUUGCACAUCGUGCUCGCAUCCGCAAGGCCAUUCUACGCCUCAGCCACGUGCCAUAACCUUCCUAUGCCUCAAAGAUUUUGUCCGUACUUUGGGCUAUAGCCACAUGCCACUUCUCUCUCAUGAAAUCUCAUGGUCAAUGUCGACAGCAUCCCAUCUCUUCUUCGAGAAGUCUUCAACAAAUCAUAUCCUUCAUCGGGAUGUGCCAGAGAGUUCAUCGGACACAACCCUGUGUGUGUCACCGCGGGGCGGCCUUAGUGGGGACGGUUGUCGAGUAGAUUUGUCAUGUUAAGUGUCAAGAUUGGGUCGAUGUGGUUGAGUAAAUAUAGUGGAUGAGGGGA